CACGGCCCGGCGGUGAGCACAGUCCCGGUGCGCACGGUCCCGUCCCGCCCCGCCGUGCGCAGCGCCGAGCACCGCCCUGCUCCUCCACCCCAUAAAUACGGGGCAGCCGGGGCCACUCGGUACUGCUGCGAGCCCAGACGAGCUGUGCCGUGUGUAGCUGAGCUUAUUCAAGCCGCGCCUAGCUAAGCCGCGCCUAGCCGAGCCAUGGAUCCCCAGGACUGCACGUGUGCCGCCGGUGACUCCUGCUCCUGCGCCGGGUCCUGCAAGUGCAAGAACUGCCGCUGCCAGAGCUGCCGCAAGAGCUGCUGCUCCUGCUGCCCCGCAAGCUGCAGCAACUGCGCCAAGGGCUGCGUGUGCAAGGAGCCGUCCAGCAGCAAGUGCAGCUGUUGCCACUGAGCCACUCAACUCUGCCUGUAAAUAGCUGGCACGCUUCAGGGAUGGGGGGUGGGGGGCAUAAAAACCAUAUUUUUUUCAUGUUUUCUAUUUUCUGUACCAGUGGUGAAACUGGAGGGAAAUAAAAGACCUUGGCUGAA